AGUGAAAAACAAAUUCUGACGCAAUUAAUUCGUUAGUUAUUGAUGUUCAAGUGAUUGCAAAAUGUGGUACGAUUUAUAUCUAUUAGUCUCCAUCCUCACAUCGUUUUUAGAAUCCACUUCGUUUUCGACUAGAAUAAUCAAUCAAAAUAUUGGCGUUUCUAAUGGAGAUAGGCGGGAACUGGAAUCUUCAAUGGAAAUUGAAGAUUUACUUCCUCCCUUUGACGAUCGUAAAUUUGGUAUGACCGACUUUUCAGACCUCACAACAAUAGAUAGUGGAAGGAGAAAUCGUCAAUUUGAAAGCGUCAGUGAAAAGAAAUGCGUGGAAUAUGUUUCUGAAAUGCUGAAGCGACAGGAACAAAGCAAAUUGGGUCUUUCAGAUCCAAAUGUUACCAUUAUAAAUGGAAAAGUAGUCAAAGAAGCGGAGUACCCACACAUGGGGGCUUUGGGCUGGUGGACGAAUUCUGUGCCGAGGAAAAUAGUAUUUCUAUGCGGUGGAAGUUUGAUAAGCGACAGAUUUAUGCUGACCGCAGCGCACUGCACGUACUGCGUCCGUAAAUACAUUGAGCAGCCGGUACCGUACCUCGUGAGACUGGGGUCUAGAUAUCUUGAAUCGUUGACCCAUGAAGCUCCCGAAGAUGUGCGCAUUCGAAAUGUUAUAAAACAUCCACGUUAUAAAUCUCCGAGACGAUACUACGACAUAGCUUUGAUACAAUUAGAUAAAAUUGUUCGGUUUACAAAAUUUCUUCAGCCAGCAUGUCUGUCGACCUCGCAAUAUAGUGCUUCUAGCAACAACAAAUUUACAGCUACUGGAUGGGGAUCUGUGCAAGCAACAUCGGAUAAGAUUCACUUAAUCGACAUCGACAAAUGUAACUACCUUCUAAAAAAAUUACAUAUUAGACUCUGGAAUGGGGUAGCAGCUCACCAAUUGUGCGCUGGCGAGUUGAACGGAAACACAGAUACCUGUAAGGGUGAUUCCGGUGGUCCCAUUCAACAAAAACUUAUCAGCUCUCCUUCGCAAGGAACCAUUCACAGAAUACUAGCAGUCACAUCGUUUGGUCCAACCAAAUGUACGACAAAACAUGUGCCAGGAGUCUACUCAAAUGUUUCCUAUUUCGCCAAAUGGAUUGAGCGAAUCGUAUGGCCGGAGGAAUACGAUACGUUUAAAUAUAAAAAAUAUGUACAAUAA